UUCUAAAUACUUUCACCAACCACCCUAAAACCCCGCACCUCUUGACCUGUUUUUUUUCCCGAACCUUUAUUUUACACACCGCCUCUUGACUGCUCUACAAGCAACCACGGGCUUUUUUCCUUGAUCAAAGCCACCUUUUUUCAUCUUUAUCCUCGUCAUAUACACAUUCACAGUUAUGGCAAGGUAUUCUCAACAAUCCUUUGACUUCUACCAACAAUCCCCCUCUACAUUGGAUGCCAAACCGUCAUAUUCAGAAGAAGACGACAUGAGUGUACUUGAUGAUAAGAUCCUCGACUCUACUUCCCCCGAACUUCCUUCCACUGUUGCCGACCACCGGAGAACCUCAUAUGACCAUGCACCCGAUGCAUUUGCGCAUCGAGAUUCCGUCUGGUCCGAUUUCUCCCAAUCCGUCUCUAGCACACAGUCCCGUCACAACUCCCAAGUCGGCCACGCUUUCUUUGAAACCGCCCCCAAUCCUUUCAUGCGGGUAGACGGCGCUCAUCCAUCCGCUCCCUACGGCCACCAGGCUUCCUGGCAGCUUGCAAAGGAAUCGGGCUCCUGCACUCCUACCGCCAUGUACGAUCACUUUCCCUCCGAGUUGGAUCACGCUUCGUCAGCCCCCUUUGCUGGCGGUGCCGUCGGUCCUGUCAGCACCAUCAACAUCCCCUCUAUGUCCUACCGUCCCGGCAUGGCCUUCGCUCACCCUGCCACUGUGGCUAUGUCGCCGCAGUCCAGUCAGGGCUGGAUGCCCGCUGCAACGGAUCUGCCUGAUGCCAUGUCGCGGCCAACCAAGAGCCCGACCUACCGCAACAGUUCCCCCUUGAGUGUGCGCCGGGAUGGGAUCCGGAAGAAGAACGCUCGCUUUGAGAUUCCUGCAGAACGGACGUUGAGCAACAUCGACCAGCUGAUCAGCCAGUCGACCAAUGAGGAGGAGAUCAAAGAACUCAAACAACAGAAGCGGCUGCUGAGGAACCGUCAAGCUGCUUUGGAUUCCCGUCAGCGCAAGAAGCUCCACACCGAGAAAUUGGAAGAGGAGAAGAAGCAGUUCACCCAGGUCAUUAGCGACCUCGAGGAGGAACUGCAGAACAUGCGCCUACGGGAGGCCGAACUCCUUCGCGAGAAGAGCGAAUGGAUGGCCGCCCAGCAGGAAAUCACACAGUACAUCAACACCAUGCACAUGGAGAAGGAUGAACUGAUCCGGGUGCACACCUUGGAGACUGCUGAUCUUCGAAAGAAGAACAACAUCCUCAAGGAGACCGUGGAGAAGCUUGAGAGACACGCACGAACCGCCGCUCCUGCGAUGACCACCGAGUUCUCGGACUUUGAGAACUUGACCAUGGACAGCAGUCCUUGGGAAGACUUUACUAUGGUGAACAGCCUCUCCCUUGACGCAGAGUCUGUUCCCACCUCGACGGCACACUCUUCCUCGUUGGUGGUCUCCACGAACGAUAAGGAAAAGUCUGCGACCAGCGACUACCCCUUCAGCUGGAACGCCUUUUACAUGUGCCUUCUCUUCGGAGCAUUCAUUGCCUCCAACAGCUCUACGCUGUCGGCUCGCUCCAUGCCUCAGCUCUCGGAGGAGUAUCGCGCUGAGUCCGCGAAUGUCCUCCGGGCUGUUCUGUCUUCCUCUCCGCCCGAGCUUGCUCAGGGCCAAGGCGCUGUGGCUUCCUCGUCGGCCAUGCCCAUGCCUACCACCAUCACUGGAGCCGAGAUGGCUCAGAUGACCGGCACAGCGGCACCGUCGAACCUGGAUGAACUCCACAACACCCUGGCCAUGCCCUCCAAGCAGCAGGAACAGGAGCAGGUUUUCGCUCUCAACGCGGACCAGUACAACUCCUUGACGACUUUUGAUGAUGCGGGUGUCGACUACAAGCAGCAGCAGCAGCCUUCUAAUCUGCAGCAGGCGCUCGCUGCGAUGCGUGGUAACGUUGCCCACAAGCUUCCGAACAAGGCUACCUCUGAAGUCUACUCUCGUUCCCUCAUGUGGGACCGGGUACCUGAAAAGGUUAUCCGAGACUUCAGACGCAUGGUUCAGGAAUAUGGUGUCGCCCCCGUAAAGGAGGAAGACUCCGGCUUCAGCCAGUAGUUUAGCCCCGCGAUGGUUGGGUCACGCCGACCGUACAUCGCCCAUCUCAGCUCUCUCCUCUCUCUCCCUCUAUCUCCACCGUGCCCAGACAAAGUUACAUUGCCUGCGUUUCUUCUGCAUCCAAACAAGCAAACUGAUCGAGUUCUGUGCUUCCACCUCCGCCUCCUUUACGUCGUCUACAGUUAGACAGACGUACACCUUCUCUCUACAUGCUUUAACGACAUACGACUGUUGGCCAGUUUUAGCCAGAUU